CAGAGUUUCUGUCAAAAUAGUAGGUGCUCGUGAAAAGCCGGAAGGGCCGGGCUUUUUUUUAUUCCCGAAAAGAGCCCCUAGUGCGCCCGAGCCAGUUCUGCUUCCCGUUCUUUCUACCCCCAUCUAAGACAAUGAAGUUCUUAAUUUUAAUUACGUUUCUGUAAGUAAUUGCAUUCGGAUCCAUCUCUGGGAACGAACCCCCUGUUUGUUCCUGUUGGAAUUUUGCGAAGGACAAAUUUUCUUUUUGUGCUGCUACAUUUAUUAUCAUGAGUUUUGUCUUCCGAGGCACAAGAGGAGAUAUAGAAACUGGAUUUCCAGAUUUUAUUCCUGAGCGGCGUGCAGUGCGUGUAGCAGCUCGACCAAUCAAUACAAACUCACUUGCUUUUCUCGUCACAGUGUUUUUGCUGUUUAUGAUUUUGAACUCACAUCAAAUGUCGCCUAACUUCCUGCUCUGGUUGGUGCUCGGUGUCUUUUUGAUGGCAACAAGCCUAAGAAUGUAUGCAACUUGUCAGCAACUUCAAGCUCAGGCACAAGCUCAUGCUGUUGGAUCUAGUGGCCUUCUUGGCCACACUGAAUUGCGCUUGCACAUGCCACCAUCCAUAGCCCUUGCAACCAGAGGGAGAUUGCAAGGUCUGAGACUCCAGCUUGCACUUCUCGACCGAGAAUUUGAUGAUUUAGAUUAUGAAACACUGAGAGCACUGGAUGCCGAUAAUGCUCCUACAGCCUCUAUGACUGAUGAAGAGAUAAAUGCUCUUCCAGUUCACAAAUACAAGGUUUCUGGAUCUCAAAGUGUGGGGUUGCUAGAGCAGCAGGCUUCUUCUUCAUGCUCAUCCAAGAAAAAGCAAGAUCCUUCAAUUGCACAAGGUGGGAAGAAAACCCCAGAGGAUGAACUGACUUGUAGUGUUUGCUUGGAGCAAGUUAAUUUUGGAGAACUCAUUCGGAGCUUGCCUUGCUUGCAUCAGUUCCAUGUAAAUUGCAUUGAUCCAUGGUUGAGGCAGCAGGGGACAUGUCCAGUUUGCAAAUUUAGAGCUGGGUCAGGAUGGUCCGAGAAUGGACAAGGAGAUGCUUCGUACAUGGUUUAAUUUUUUCUAUUAAAAAAUAUAUGUAACUUAUAUGUUAAGAGUAAAUAAAUGUACGCAGGCAUAAAUUACAAUGAACGGUUUUAGCGGCUACCUGCCUUGAUACUACAUGUUAAAGGAACUGUCAUGAACCUGGUUAAUACCUUUAGUCAAAGCUUUUUUAAUUUC